AUGCAGCUGCUACUGUGGGAUACUGUAACCAUGUGCGAGACAUUUAAGAUGCCACCAACCUUGUCACUUAGGCGACAUCAACGCGUUAUGCUCGAGGCGCUAGUCAUACGUGCAAAAUGGUUUGACUUUCCCAACCGAGGACUGCUGUCGGUCGUCCUCGAGCCACAUGGUCCUGCUCCUAUUUGUCAAAAUAAUAUCUCUCUAUAUCUUGCCUGUCACGUCCUUCCUCUUAAACACAAUAUGAGCUUCGGAGGCAACGUUGAAGGUUACCUACUCAAAAUUGAUGGCGAUGAAGUUUGUACUGUAUAUUGCAUUCUUGACGAAGGCAUGCUGCAGUAUUUUUCUCGAAAGGGCGGCGAGCAGUUGGGAACUUUUGCUUUAUCAGGGUCCAAGGUGGACGUGUUCUUACUUCCUCCUUCUAAAGUCGGUCAGAUGCCCAACCGAUUUCGCGUCGACGCACAGCCUCGAACUCCAUCCGUUCGUCGGCGUGGUACUCGGCAGUGCGUAGUUGCAGAUAAAUCGGUGUCCGUGACUUUUGCAGGGUCAACCGGUGAAGUCACGAGUCACUGGGCCGUUUCCAUCCUCAAUUGGAAUCGGUAUAGCUGGGAAGACAGUCAACUGGUGUGCAGUUCCAAGGAUGAGUUUCACUAUUUGAAGAGGCUGAUUGAACUAUGCGGGACAAAAAUAAACAAGACAUCGACAGAUCCUGUCAUCCCGGUUGGAGUAAGCCUUGCAGUUCUACCACUGUGA